AUGCGAGAGGAGAUCUAUAAAAAUGCCCUGAAACUGAUCCAAGAAGCCUCGAAACUCGGUAACAACUCCAAGACGAAACUGAAAAUGAUCAAUGCCGCGGUUGUUAUUUUGUGGAACUUGGUUGAAGAGGGUAAACUCGAAGUUCCAAUCCGCUGGGAUGCACAAUUGCUUUUGAUUCAGCAGAUCAUUGUUUACACCACUUCCUUUCAGCAGGCGGUUGUCGUUCUGAGGUACCUAAAAGGUGAGUCGCUCACACCAGAGUAUGAGUGCCGAUGCAAGUUGCUGGAAGUUGAGAUGGAGAUCCGCCAGAAAGAUCCCCAACGCGCAUUAAGAUUAAGCAAUCAAUUGCUCGAAAAGUUCGAAACAGUUGAUUGCCGUGGACUAUUUAUUGCUUUCCUGUUCCAACGAAUGCGCCUAGGACCCGUGGACAAAGGAAUGAUAGAUAAAGUGCAGGAUGUCAAUGCUAAGGCUAUGUUGAUGAUUCUGUCUGGGGACAUAGGAGGGAAGUACGGUAUCACAAGUCCAGACAUUAUUGUCAUGAAUAUUAUUUCCAGGUUGAUCAGUGCAUUGAGACAUGGCAUUGAGGACGAUGACAUUCAAUUGGUUGAGGAGCUGCGAAACAUCGACUGGUCAGCUCUAUGGCCGAACGGCCAAUCGCUUUUCGUCGCCAACAAAGAAUUGAUUCAAAUGUCAUCAAAUACCAGCAAUAAUGAAAUUAUGGUGUUGCUCUAUGUUGUUUUGACCGUAUUCCAUUUCUCGUUAGAUGACGGAGAGUGCGCGUCUACAAAAUCUUGGCUAUCAGAGCUGUUGCAGUAUGUGUCCAGCAUAUCUGUUAACAACGAGAUUUUGUCUACUGUUUACUUUUAUGCUAUUCUUAUUUAUCACCAGAUCAACAAGCCCUCUGCCCGUGAUAUCCUCCUAGAGCAGAUGGUACAGCUUGGGGCGAGCGAAGAUCUUGUGGAGCUUUGUCGGGGCGUUAUUUACCAGCAAGCUGGCGAUUUUUAUUCUGCGCGAAAAUCGUUUGAUAUUGCACUGAACAAUAGCAGUGUGUUGAGACCAACUGUUUUGCUCAAUUUACUUUGCAUGGCACCAAAUUCAGUCAGUCAUCUUCGACGUCUUGCAACUUUAGAUCUUACUACGCCUCAGCUAAACACGUUGGCACUAAUCAAGGCACUGGUGAAACCAGAUUCAAUGACUAGUCUGGAACACCAAAAAGUUGUUGAUUCAUUAAAGCCAGCAGAAAUGUCGAGUCCGGCUGAGCGUGCUUUAUUAGUACUAUUGAAGCCAACUGAUGUUAAAGAAGAUCACUUAAAACGCCACGAACAGGCCAUUUCUGCGUUUGAGACUCUUGGGAUGACUGCUUGGAAAAAGUACGCGGUUGAAAGAAAGCUGCAUAACGGGUCUGCUACCGCUUGA